CUCUCUCAUGGUUUCCCGCUAGAUUUGUUCCGUUGAUAGGGAACAUAGAACACUCUCUUCUUCUCUCGCCAAAAGCGAAGAUUUUUCAGUUGAUAAUCUCUUUCUUUACCGAUUUGAAGCUCCAUGAACUCUCGAGAUCUCGCAAUCGUCUCUACCUCUGCAAUUUUCGGUGCUUUGGUUUCAGCUCUAGCAUUUCGCUUCUUCUCAUCAAACCCUAAAAACCCUAAAUCCCGAAGAUUUGCUUCGACGGAAAUCGCCGCAGUUUCCAGAAGAUUUCCUGGUCUAGACCCUUUCAGUCCUUUGAAGCGAGAAGGGUAUUUAUCGUGGGAUGAUUAUUUCAUGGCGAUUGCAUUUCUGUCAGCAGAAAGAUCAAAGGAUCCUAACAGGCAGGUUGGUGCGUGUUUGGUGAGCCAAAAUGGUGUAAUUCUUGGGAUUGGUUAUAAUGGUUUUCCGAGAGGUUGCUCGGAUGACAGACUUCCUUGGGCCAAGAAAUCGAAAACUGGGGACCCAUUGGAGACAAAGUAUCCAUAUGUUUGUCACGCUGAAGUCAAUGCCAUACUAAACACAAACCACGCAUCUGCGGCUGGACAGAAACUUUAUGUGACAAUGUUUCCUUGCAACGAAUGUGCCAAGAUUAUUAUACAGUCUGGUGUUGCUGAGGUAAUCUAUUUUGUGGAAAAGAGAUUAAAGGACUCAGAUGUUGCCUACGUAGCUUCUCACAAGCUCUUAGCCAUGGCCAACAUCAAAGUUAGGAAACAUCAACCAGAGAUGGAUCAGAUCUUGAUCAAGUUCGAAGAAAACUUGCUCUGACCAUGGACCUAAUUGUUCCAAUUCAAAAUGUAGGUCCAAGUAUGAGAAUCUUAAGAUUUCUGUAGAGAGUCACUUGUUGAAGAAGAGAAGGUUGUUUAUCCAGAGAUGGUUUUGAAAAUAUCACUUUUUUUUCUUUCAUUCUUAUAUUUCUCAUGUAAUAACUAAAUCCAAUAAAAUUUCAGAAAAGUCUCCCCAAUUUUUAUUUUUGUCAAUUUGCCCUUUGUGUUUUGGUUUGACCCAUUCAAGGACAUGGACAAGAAGAUGAAGGAAGCAGUAGAGGAUCUAACCCGAGCUGUA